AUGGCCUUCAACAAGGUGAGCGCCACGGCUGUUCUCGCGAACUGUGGCCGCAACUUUGCGAGGCUUGGAGGAGAAGGUGCCUGGUGCAAGUUGAAAGUGACAGCGGGGAAGUCCGUUGCCAGCCUGCCGGGUAUCGGAAAGGAAUCAGUCAAGAAGAUUGACCAGUACCUUGAGACUGGCCAGAUCGAGAAGCUCGAGAAGUACCGGAACGGGGAGGAGUGA